AUGGUGCUGGUCCUCUUCCGCCGUUCGGUCACGCUGCCCGCGUAUUUGAAGAUCGUGCUCUCCCUGUACGGCGAGGUGCUGGUCGUCUUCCGCCGCCUGGUCAAUCGGACCGCGAAUUUGAAGAACGUGUUGCUGCGGGUGGUUCACGUGAAUUGCAUGUCCAACCUGUUCGCGUUGCCGAAAUGCGUGCUGUCGAGUGUGGACCUGAUGGCGGCGACCGUCGUCCUACUGUUGAUCGUGCCCCUCUGGCUGGCUGGUCGUUUCCUGAAGAACGUGAGCCCGUUGUUGGGGUCCCCCCUGAUGCUGCUACUCUUGCCGACCCUCAUCGGGACAAGCCUCCUGCCGAAGUUGUCCACGCCACCGCUCCUCUUCACGUGCCAGAAGAUGCUGCUGGCGCGGGCGCGCAUCCUCGUGUCCAUGUCCUUCCUGGCCCGCAUGGCGCCGCCGCUGAUGCUGCAGAAGCUGAACGCCGCCUGGUCGUCCUGCUGGCCGAUUCGGAGCAUACCCCUACCACACCACGUACUCGGAGAAUGA